GUGGAGCGGACGACGGUUAGGUUACUAAGCCUUCUGGAUUCUUUCGCGUGUUUCACGCUCCAUCCACGACGUGGCUCUAUCGACGUAUUUACCGAAACAUUGAAUUUUUCGUGACCUAAAUGAGUCUGAAGCGAUAAGUUUUGAAGGUAGAUCACUAGAGGGAUGACAAACGUAGGCUUGGGUGAUCGUCGGAUAUUUAUUCCACUUCUCCACAGUUGGUAGCGUCGCCUGUUUUUUUCAGCGUAGCGUUGUCAACAGUGAGCCUGGUAAAGGUAAAGCAAGUUUGGUCGACAAUUUACGUUUAGCUGCGGCGCGGCCUACUGAAGCGCUGAAGCAGAGGAAGCCUCUCCAGUGUGGGGGUACCUGGGCGGAGGCACUGACACUGGACAAGGGUCCUAGCAACAAGUAGGUUCUUGAACCUUUCCGUCAACAUGGGAUGCGCAGUAAGUUCAGCCGGCGAGAAGGAGGCCGCCGAGAGGUCCAAGAAGAUCGACAAGGACCUGCGGAUGGACGGGGAGCGCGCCGCCAGAGAAGUCAAACUGCUGCUCUUGGGAGCGGGAGAGUCAGGAAAAAGUACGAUUGUUAAGCAAAUGAAGAUCAUUCAUGAGACAGGAUAUUCAAUAGAAGAAUGUGAACAAUAUCGUCCAGUGGUCUACAGCAACACUAUCCAAAGUUUAAUGGCUAUAAUCCGAGCCAUGGGACAGCUACGCAUUGACUUUGCUGAUCCAGGGAGAACUGAACUGGCUCGACAGUUUUUCACACUUGCAAGUGAAGCUGGAGAAGGGGAAUUGACACCUGAAUUGGUAUUGCUGAUGAAACGUUUGUGGCAAGACGCUGGUGUCCAGUUAUGCUUUUCACGUUCAAGAGAAUACCAAUUAAACGACUCUGCUGCUUACUACCUCAAUGCACUAGAUCGCAUUUCAUUGCCGAGCUAUGUGCCUACCCAGCAAGAUGUUUUGCGCACAAGAGUGAAGACCACUGGUAUUGUGGAAACUCACUUUUCUUUCAAGGGACUUCAUUUCAAAAUGUUUGAUGUUGGUGGUCAACGAUCAGAGAGAAAGAAGUGGAUUCAUUGCUUUGAAGGGGUUACAGCCAUUAUUUUCUGUGUUGCCCUGUCAGGGUAUGAUCUUGUUUUGGCUGAGGAUGAGGAAAUGAACCGCAUGAUUGAGUCAAUGAAACUGUUCGAUUCAAUCUGCAACAGUAAAUGGUUUGUUGAAACCUCUAUCAUCCUUUUCCUCAACAAGAAAGAUUUGUUUGAAGAUAAGAUUGACAAGAGCCCUCUCACUAUUUGUUUCCCUGAGUACUCUGGAUCAGACACGUAUGAAGAGGCUGCUGCUUACAUCCAAAUGAAGUUUGAGAAUCUCAACAAGAAAAAGGAUCAGAAAGAAAUUUAUACACAUUUCACCUGUGCUACUGAUACUAGCAACAUCCAAUUUGUUUUUGAUGCUGUAACUGAUGUCAUUAUCAAGAACAAUCUGAAAGAUUGUGGUCUCUUCUAGUUCAUUCAAUGUAAGUGCAAACCCAGCACCAAGUUUUUGGCAGCAGCUGUCUACAUUUGUCAAAUAUUUUUUUGCUGUAUUCCCUGUUUGCAUGUUAUUUAUUCUAGUGAAAACUUGUGUGCAUUCUGUGUUUCUUUAUCGGGCUCACUUUAAGAGACACAUUAUGAGAUCAAUCUAUGCUUUGGUUGCCUUGACUUCUGCAGUUUUGAUCUUUUGUACAUAUAGAUAGCUUUAACAAAAGACGAGUUCAUACUUUUAAUGCACAGUAUGCAAAGAUGUUUUAAUUGUGACAAUGUUCUGAUUUGAUCUAGUAAGUCUGAAAAGAGUUUUUGUACAUACCAUGUGUCAAUUUUUGACAUUUUGCACACCUUUGGUGCAGUACUUUUAUGCUUGAGUAUUCCAAUUUAGCAGACUUAAGUUUUACUACAAAGCUUACAGCACAUUCUCAUUACUUCUAAGACAGCCUUUUCUGUUUGUACCAGGUUAUAUUUUAAUUUAAGCUCUCUUAUUCACUGUGUCACCUGGUGUGAUUAGAAGGCAAAAGCAAACUGACAAUUCUUUUGACAAUUUCAUAACCUGUUCACUGUUCACUCUAUUUUAUAAUUGCCUUAAGUGACAAAUUUGAGCAUUAGUUGUUAGUCAGCCUUCUAUUUUUUAUAUCUUUGUACAAAUUUAGUUUUAUUUAUAGUUGUUUGUGAUCACAUAACCAUGUUGUUGGUGAUGUUCCAAAUUCACUUCACUCAUUGUUCCUGCAUCUGGUAUGAAUUUAUUUUUCUUAUUGAUGUAUUUCAGCAGGACUGUCUAAUCUAUUUUUCUCUACAACAGAUUUUAAAGUUUUAUAUAUAAUGUAAGGUUCAAAUGAAAAGUCAGUAUUAUUUUUUUUCAUCACCCUUGCAUUGAAAUUAUAGACUGCAUUUACUGAGACAUUAUAAGCCAGCACUUUGCCAAAAAUAAUCAAAAACCUAUGUGCUAUUUUCUUGCCAUUUUUGAUAACCUAUAUUUAUUGUACUUGUAAAAGUUGGUGGGUUUAAUUUUUAAAUGGCAAUGUAUGUACAGUAUAUGACAAGAUUCUUUGCUUUUUAGCCAAGGAUCUUGCUGUGGGCCAUGUUAAACAUUGCUGUUUUUUCUUAGUUAAUUUGAAUUGCAGUAUCACUUUUACAGGAUGGAUGAUAACUGUUUAACAUGCUCUUAUAUUUCAAAAUCUUGUAACAGUUUUAUGCCGACUGGAAGCAUAUGUCUGUGCCAUAGCAUUUUGCUCACUUGGCUCUGGAAGUAGUGUAUUUAUUCUUAUUGAAUUUAUCUCUAAGAGACUUGGCUCACAUAUGUGAUGUGUGAAUUUCAUAGUUUGUAUUGUUGAUCUGAUAUUUUCAUUCAUGUCGUUUUCACUGACAUGCUCUUUUUAAUUGUACAAUUUUUUUCUUAUAUGUGACCAUAUUCUCUGUAUUGCAUAUUGCACAAGGAAAUAGUUUCCCACUUCUUUCUUUUCUUUUGGUGUGCCAUUCAUGUCUUACAAGUUUUUUUAAUGAACAAGCGAUAGCCAUAACAUUAUUAUUUUAUUUGGUACUAUUUAUGGUUGCAUUUUCUAUGAACAUUCGUCUGAAACAUUCUUUAUUUUGUACACAUUUUUAUUUAAGUAUGCAUUUCUUGUAUCAUAAGGGUAGGGUACCCUUCUCAUGUUUCGUUUACAUUGAUUUUUUGUCUGAUGAUCACAAUGUGAUAAACAGUAAAAGUGGAUCUCAUUUAGUAACUACUUUCAAGAGAAGUUGAAUCUCAAAUAGUAAUUACUUUUAAGAGAUCUGUUUCAGAAUUGCUUGUUGUCCCUUUAGCUUACAGAUGACUUUAGCUUAAGAUUCUGGGAUGAGAGAGAUGCUGAGCAUUUGACGCUAAGGAGCCAAUGACCACUUCAAUUUUAUCAUUCCUCACUAGUUUAGUAGAAAAUUCAAACAAAUACUAAUUUGUUUCAACUUUAUCAGCCCAUAGUUCCUACUAUGUGGAUUUAAUCCUUGACAAUUGUUCCAUAUGUAACACUAUUUUUGUAAAAAUUUAUUGAAAAUAAAGGCCAUUUUCUUUGACUAA